CCCUGUUUGUCACUAGGGCCCGGUGUAGUUUCUUUUUUGGGAAGGCCUAGUAUAGUUUAGCCCAUCAGUCCAAGCAUCUUCUCCCCCUCUCUCUCUCCGGCGAACUUCUCCGACGACGGCGAUGGCAAACCUACGUCGACCCUUGUGCCAUGCCGUUGAUCCCCUCUCCUGCCCCGGUACCAUUGACUGUACAUCUACUGCAUCCGGCAAACUUCUGCUGCUACAACGCCAACAAUUCUUGCCGCGUUCAUCCUGCCUCCUUUUCUUCUUAUUAUUUUUGUCGCGGGGAUCCCCUGAUGUUUAACUGGCUGGGCAUUGAGACCAAGAUGAUCUCCUUUCUUCGAGGAUCCCUUAUCUUGGAGAUACAUCUUUUCCGCGGGAAGAUCUACCUUCGGCGGCUCGGUCGCCGGAUCGUGCUUUCGGAGGAUGAUUUUUACUGGCCGGGGAAGAUGAUUGGUGACUGGUGAUGCCGUGAUGCCCUGAUGAUUGGAGUGAUCUCCUCGGGUGGAUGCUGAAGUAGACAGCGAGAUGUGGGCUGAUGAAAAUUCUCUCCUAUUGACAGUGACCGAUCUUCACUUCUUCUUUGUGCAUUUUGUUCUUUUCUUUCACAUGUCUAGAAACUUCACUCGGUACGACAGCCGAGUUACUGAAUCACUGUCUUGUUUAGCUUAAUUUGCCCUUUGGUUUCACCAAUGAAUGGAUUUGUCUUUUAAGUAAAUUCGACCGAGGUAGCUGAAAAUGGUGCCACAUUUGCUUCUCUACCCUGGUGCAUGGGGACCUGGAGUAUCUUCUGGCUAUCAGCUCGACCCGAUUCUGAAAUAUCGGUUCUUUCUUUCUUGUUCACGACCUGACUGUCCUUAGUUGAAUCUGCCUACCAACCAUGAGAAGAUCUACAUAGGCUUGCACACAAAUGAAUACAAUCUUCUCUUGGGAGAGGCAUAUUGUAUUCUUGUUACGAAUGUGAAUGGCGAUGUCAUGUUCCUCAAAGCCGAGUCUGACCUCCUACCAAAUAGUCUUGGGUGUCCAAACAAGAAAUUCCCACUGGCUCUUGUCCGCUUAAGAAAAUUUCCUAACCCUGUCCAUUUCCCAGUUUUAUAUUUGCUAUGGUGGUUAGUGUGGAGUUGUGGACCAAUGUAGCCAGUCAAUGCGACCUGCGAUUAAUUAAAAAGGCAACACUCUCAUGUCGAAAUAAUUUUUCAGCGAAGUCCAUAUUUGCGCAACUGUGUUAAUUUACUAAUCUGGCAUUGGCCACUAAAGUAAUGACAUAUUACCUCGUGGUAAUCAUAUCUUAUUUGCUCCUGUUAUUGGCAGAGGAGCCCAUGAAGGUGCGUGUUGACAAUAUUAUCUCCAAGAAAACUAGACGAAUGAAUAAAGUAACUAGGGGAAGUUAUCUGGAAAUUCACACUUCCUUUCCUUCUUGACAACUUGACUGCUUUUGAAAUGUGCUUUGUAUGUCCUGUGCUUUUUAUAUGGGGCACAAAGACUUAAGCCAGAGGCAGGGUGAUGGAGGCCACUGUAUGUGCAACACAUGGAGCCAUGGUCUCUGUGUUACGGAAGUUGGGUGCUUUGCUCUCUGAUGAAUAUAAACUUCUCACCAGUGUGAAGGGUGAUAUCAUGUUCCUGAAAGCCGAGCUUGAGAGCAUUCAUGCUUUCCUCAAGAAGAUGUCCGAGUUUGAGGACCCCGAUGAGCUGUCCAAGUGCUGGAUUAAGGCGGUGCGGGAGCUGUCCUACGACAUCGAGGGCGGCAUCGACAGUUUCAUGCUGUCCCUGGGUGGCGAGUCCAGCCGCAAACCCCGUGGCUGCAAGGGACUCCUGAGCAGGUGCAUGGAUUUGAUGAAACAUUCCAAGGCACGCCAUCGGAUGGCCAAGAAAAUCAAAGUUCUCAAACAAAGCGCUAUCGAGGUUAGCAGUCGGUGUGCGAGGUACAAGGUUGAUGAUGUUAUCUCCAGGCCGGGCAGGACAAGCAUAGAUCCUCGUUUACCAGCAUUUUUCACGGAGACGACGAGGCUCAUUGGCAUCAAUGGCCCAAGGGAUAAACUCAUCAAGUUGCUAACAGAAGGGGAAUGUGCAACGGCGCAACAGCUAAAGGUGGUGUCCAUUGUUGGGUCUGGCGGCCUUGGAAAGACUACUCUUGCUAAUCAAGUGUACCAGAAGCUCGAAGGGCAAUUUGAAUAUCAAGCUUUUGUGUCGGUGUCCCAAAAACCUGACCUAAAGAAGAUUUUGAGAAAUAUACUUUCUCAGAUCUGCUGGCAAGAGUGCACCAGCAAUCAAGCAUGGAAUGAGCAGCAACUCAUCAACACAAUAAGACAGUUCCUCAAGCAUAAAAGGUACUUCAUAGUAAUCGAUGAUAUAUGGGGCACACCAGUAUGGAGAGCAAUCAAAUGUGCUUUUCCUGAAAAUAGUUCAUCCAGCAGAAUACUUACAACAACGCGUAUCAUCACCGUAGCCAAGUAUUGUAGCUCUCAGCACUAUGAUCAUAUGUAUGAAAUAAAGCCUCUUAGUGCAACUCACUCUAAGAGCUUAUUUUUCAAACGAGCGUUUGGCUCUGAAGGUGGAUGCCCUCUUCAACUGAGGGAAGUUUCAGAUGAAAUAUUAAAAAAAUGUGGUGGCUUGCCAUUGGCAAUCAUUACAGUAGCUAGCUUAUUGGCAAAUAAAGCUAGUACCAAAGAAGAAUGGCUGAGGAUACGGAAUUCUCUUGGUUCAGCACUUGAAAAGGAUUUAGACAUGGAAGAGAUGAAGAAGAUAUUGUUCCUUAGUUACAAUGAUCUUCCCUACCAUUUGAAGACAUGUUUGCUAUAUCUAAGUAUAUUCCCUGAAGAUUAUGUGAUCAAGAGGGAUCGACUGGUAAGGAGAUGGAUCGCAGAAGGUUUUAUCAUUGUAGAAGGUGGACAGGAUCUGGAGGAAGUAGGAGAAGGCUAUUUCAGCGAUCUUAUAAACAGAAGCUUGAUUGAACCAGUUGAAAUCCAGUAUGAUGGUCGAGCUGAUGCUUGCCGUGUCCAUGAUAUGAUUCUCGACCUAAUUAUAUCCAAGUCAAUUGAAGAAAAUUUUGUAACCUUAUCCGGUGACAAAAAACUUAACUCACUUCCAUAUGAUAAGGUUCGUCGACUAUCCCUGAACUAUCAUGCUCAAGAACAUACUAUGGUACCAUCGAACAUGAUUGUUUCUCAUGUUAGAUCCCUCACUAUCUUUGGAUGUGCUGAAGCUGAACACAUGCUUUCUCUUACAAACUUUCAAUCCGUAAGAGUGUUAGAUAUAGAAAAUAGAGAGGUGUUGGAACACAAAUAUCUUAAACACAUAAGCAGGCUUUCUCAGCUGAAGUACCUUCGACUCAAUGUUAGAAGAAUCACUGCACUUCCUGAACAACUUGGAGAGUUGCAGAAUUUACAGACCUUAGACUUAAGAUGGUCAUGGGUAAAGAAGUUGCCAGCUAGUAUUGUUCAACUGCAGCAACUGACAUGCCUUUUAGUUAACAGUGCAGAGUUGCCCGAAGGGAUUGGGAAUAUGCGAGCUCUACGGGAAUUAUCAGAGAUUGAAAUCAACCAGAAGACCUGUCUGACCUCUUUGCUGGAGCUGGGCAGUCUGACCAAACUAAGAAUACUUGAGCUGAACCUGAAUUGGCACAUAAGUAGUACAAACAGUGGCAUGAAAGCUCGUGAAGAUAACUUGGUCAUGUCCCUCUGCAAACUAGGCAUGCUCAACCUUCGUUCCAUACAAAUUCAGAGCUACCAUUCUUGUUCCCUUGAUUUCCUAAUUGACUCUUGGUUUCCUCCUCCUCAUCUACUCCAGAGAUUUGAGAUGUCCAUUAACUACUAUUUCCCCAUAAUCCCAAAGUGGGUAGCCUCACUUGAGCACCUCUCUUACCUAGGCAUCUAUGUCAAUCCAGUGGACGAGGAAACAUUCCGAGUCCUUGGUAACCUGCCCUCUCUAUUAUUUCUCUGGAUAACUUCAAGAACAGCAAGACCUAUAGAAAGGAUCAUUAUCAACAAUAAUGGAUUCCGAUACCUGAAAGAAUUCUACUUCACUUGCUGGGACAGCAGGACAGGGCUGAUGUUUGAAGCAGGAGCCAUGCCGGAGCUUGAGAACCUCCGGGUUCCAUUUAAUGCGCAUGGUGUGUUCCCUUUGAGUGGUGAUCUUGAUUUCGGCAUCCAGAAUCUGUAUUCGCUCAAGCAUCUCCACAUCGAGAUAGUUUGUUAUGGCGCAAACAUUAGGGAGGUGGAGGCCUUGGAGCAUGCUGUCAAGAAUGCGGCUGGCUGUCUUUCAGAUGAGCUCACUCUGGAAGUGAGUAGAUGGGAUGAAGAAGAGAUUGUUAAGGAUGGGGAGCAUAAACUGGUAGAGGAGGAGGUUGAUGCUGACAAUUGAGUGUGUAACACAUCAUUG